GUGCAAAGGUAAAUGGGGAAGAGGAAAGUAAGGUAUCUUGGCCAGGCAGGAUGAAGUAAUACGAGUUCCUGAUUUCUGCCUUGAUGCAAGCAUCUUUCACAAAUGUGACAGUUGACAGUUUUCUUUGUUUUCCUAACUUUGGUAUUUAAGUGAAAUCCAGGCACUGUUUGCCCCAUCUCCAUCUCGCCACACCAAAGGCUUCUUGCAAGGCUCGCUUCCGACAGAGACGAAAGACCAUUUUAGACAGCACCAUGAAGACAUUUGGCAGCUUGCUCCUUGUGAGCAUCAUGAUCCUUUUGGGUGAGAUGCCAUGCCGUACACUGGAACAAGAUAUAGACAGGCCUGAUAUCUGCCCAGCAAAACGAUGCAUAUGUCUUCGUUAUCAGCCUCCUGAAUGCAAAAAUGAUUCAUCUUGCACAGGAGGGCAGAUUUGUUGUUUUUAUUGCUGUAAAAGGCGCUGUGUGGACCCAAGAAAAGAAAAACCUGGAAGAUGCCCUCGUUUUCCUGAAAAAAGAUGUUUCCCAAUCGAGCCGGAUCAGUGCGAAGUGGAUGAUCAGUGUCCCCUUGCUGAGAAAUGUUGUCCCGGAUCCUGCUUUCGCCUUUGUGUAAAUCCGAUAAAAAGAUAUUCAAAAUUCCUGACAAGCAAGUCCUUGAACUAAUGGUGCUCUGGAAAAGAAAUCACCAACUCUCUGACAACUUUGCAAGACAUUCUGGCAUAAUACUAACACUGGUGCAGCCAAAUAUUCUCUCCUCUUCCCUUGCCCACCCUAGUUUCCUUCAAAUCUGAGCUAAAAGUACAGUGAAAAAUAGCUCAUUGUCUCCUCUGCUAGCUUGGGGGUGGGGAAUAAGGGAUAAUUAUAAAUAAACUUUGUUUAUGCCGCAGCAUUUCAGUUGUAGUUAGUGUCCUUUUUUAAAAAAAGAUACCAUUAUUAUGAUAGCAGAGAUACCAGAGCAACUGAACAUCGAUAUGGCCAGAAGAUACAGCUGUUGAACUGUUCUAAUACAUAGUUCCAACAUGCUGACCAGGUUCUCAAGGUCUUCAGAAUCUUUUUUUCCUUGUUUGUUUGCAAUAGAAAUUUGCCAGUGGGAAAAAUCCAUUCCACGACCCUCCCCCAUGAAAUACAUUAAACACAUGCUUAAGCAAGAGCCCUAGACUGAAGUUGCAGUUUCUGACAAUGAAUCUGCAUCCACACUCUUAGGAGGGAUGGAGAUAUAGAAAACAGAGAGAACAACCAGCUGGACUGCCUGUGGUUAGGAAAUAUAGGAUUUUCUCCUAUAGCCAGAUCUCAGUUAUUAUACUGAAGUGGCCACCUCAAGUGGAGGAUGCUAGGGUGGUAAGGUAACAAGUUGUUUGUUUGUUUGUUUGUUUAUUCAUUCAUUCAAUCAAUCAAUCAUUUAUCUGAUAUACAUACCAUCCCAUUAGUGCAAGGACUACUCUGUGCGGCUUACAGGUGAAAACUAAGCCCCACAAGACCCCACAGAACAAAUACAUUCAGUAAAAUGGUGAUUUAACAGCCUCGGUCUAAAAUACAUCCAAAAAAGAAAAUGAUAAUAAAAUUAACAUUUACAGCAUUCUGGAGGCUACUGAUAUGUGGCCCAUCCCAAAUUCCAAAAAGAAAAUCCGAGCUUUCCUUGGACUAGCCGGAUAUUAUAGGUGAUUUGUGCCCAACGUCAGCAAAAUAGCUGCACCUUUAUCGAAUUGACCUGAAAGAAGCAAGCGGAGAACAUCUCAUGGACUCCAGAAUGCCAGGAAGCCUUCGAUUGUCUGAAGACAGCGCCAACCUCAAGGCCUGUUGUUGUUGUGCGGGACUUUGACAGAGAAUUCACCAUUUACACCAAUGCGUCAUACGUUGGGCUUGUAGCUGUGCUGUGCCAGUCAGAUGACAGCAGGACUUCACAUCCAGUAAUGUAUGUGAGCAAAAAGCUCCAACCUAGUGAAAGACAUGUAUCUACCAUUGAGAAAGAAUGUUUAACCACUGUCAGGACACUACAGAAACUAAAGCCCCACAUGUGGGGAAGAAAGUUUGUUCUCUGCACCGAUCAUUCACCUUUAAAAUGGAUAAGGACUAUGCAAUCGAAUAAUAGUAAAUUGACCAGAUGGGCCCUGAUUCUACAGGACUUUGAUUUCAAGAUCAGAAAAGGGUCUCUGAAUGUGGUUGCAGACUCUCUGUCCUGAAAGCCUAGUGAUUAGAACAAUUCUAUGUUGAGUGCAAAUGCUUAUAACUGUGUUGUCAUAAAUGUUUAAAGUGAUAAGUUAGACUUAAGAAACAUAAUGUUAGAGAGGAAAAUUUAAUAUAAAGCAUUUAUAAGUAUUUGAAAAAUAUUGCUAAACUUACAUGUGUUUAGCUGUUUGUUUAUGAGGGCAAAUUGGUAAGUUUCCCCUCAUAAAGCAAGCUUAUUAAGGAGGGAGGAAUGUAGUGAUCACCCUGCCUAUGUAUGGGUGUAUAGGCAUGCACUAAUAAGAGUUGUUGGGAGGUGGAGCCAGUGAAACAUAAAGGGAGGGGUGAAGCAGAUGGGAAAGGCAGAUAGUGGGGAGUUGAAAUGCAGUUAAGAGUGUGGAACUUAGAGAGAGUUAAGUGUGAAGUAAGUUAUUACGAAACUACUGAAAGCUUUAACGUCUUUUAGGAAUCUACUCAAAUGAAACUCAAGAUUUGAACUGUAUUCAGUAAACUAGGUUUUGUUAAAAGUUACAUGCAGUAUGGACUUCAGUCUUUCCAAGUAAAUAAUCUUGAUAGAGAUCAACUGGUGGCAGCGUAAAUAGGAAUGUGGACUUAGAUUAGUGAAAUAAUCAAGGGCCACAUCACAAACAGUAGCUAGUUUGUUUGCUUUUUAAAGGAGUCAUAGGCUCUCAACCACCUUAAUACUCCCCAAGACAAUUCUUUUCAAAACUGGAAGUGGACCUCCAGCUGCUUCUGGAAUUGGGUUUGGUUUUUCUGUUCUUGGCAAACAAAACAGGAUCUCACAGGAACAGAACUGCCACAGUUGCCCUCAGUGUGUUUUUCAGAUCCACUCCAGUUAUCCACAGUUAGCAAAAAGGCACAGAUUACACCACAGAAUAUCCACAUUAUAUUUUACCCAGGGACUGCCUUUAGGAGGCCAUUAGGGACAUUCUCCCCCUUUGACAUAAUUGUGGAUCCAUGAAUUGGGUAUUGAUUUUGAUUCACUGUUGCCUCUGGGUUUAGUUUAAUCUUUUGUUGCUGUUGUUUUGGUUGGGUUUAAGUAUUUAUGUGUUUGUGGGUGGUGGGUAGUUGAUUUCUGUUGUUGUUAGCUGCCCAGAAAAGUACCUGCUCACUAGAUUGAAUGAAUGAAUGAAUGAAUGAAUGAAUGAAUGAAUGAAUGAAUCUGUACAAGUUAAAUAAAAUGUCUCUCAGACUGGGAUAAAGUCUUACCCCACUUUCUCCCAUUUCUAA